AAACACAUUCAAAACAAACGAUGUUUAUGUUGUUUUUCUGUUUCUUUAUGAAAACCCCUCGACUCGGAUAAAUUUUUUCAUGGAACUCAACGAUUCCUCCGAUUCCAAGCCAGAGACUCGUUCUCCUCUCGGCAUCGAUCUCAACGAGAUCCCGUCUUCCUCUUUCGCUGAAACCCUACCAGAUGAGCCCGAUUCAUUAGAGGUGGUUCGCGCCUUCCACGAUAACCCAGACCCGGCGCCUGGAGAGCCUGCCAGGGUUCCGGGGGAGCCAGCUGAGUGUGGCGCUUGCGGUGGAUCCGAAGCGGCCGCUGCUGGACGGGUUGUGGUGUGUGACGGCUGUGAACGAGGAUUCCAUUUGGCUUGUACUGGGAUUCCUGGGCUUCAGUGGACGCAGGAGUGGGUGUGUGCUGAGUGCGUCAGCCGUGGGGAGAGGAGUAAGCGCUGGCCGCUUGGGUUGAAGGCGAAGAAGCGGAUCCUCGACAUUAAUGCGUCUCCACCGAGUGAUGGAGAUGGUGAUGGAGAGUGCAGCGAGGAAGUGCUUAGAAAGCACACUCCAGUCGAUAAAUCUUUUGUUAGCAACGGAUGUGGUGCCCCAGUGACGUUAUCAAAUCUUGUGUACGCGGGAAAUGGAUUUGGUUUUCAUAAAGCUUCUAGCACUGCAACACACAGUGUCAAAAUGGGUUUUGAGGAGAUAUUUCAUCAUACACAGACUAUGAGUAGAAGUUUCAAUGAGUUAGAUUUGGAGGUCCAAUUAGGAAAGCUUAGGGGUAAUAGUAAUGCAGCUAUUAGAUUUCCAUCGUGGAAUCCUGGUGAUAAAUUGUUGCAAGCUCUUAGAGAAUUAGUUUCUGAAAGCCAUGGUGUCCUGGAGGAGGGCUGGCGGGUGGAAUUGAAACAGUCCUUGAGUGGCUAUGAACCAUAUGCAGUUUAUCGUGCUCCAGAUGGGAAGACAUUUGAUUCAAUGUUUGAAGUUGCUUCUUAUCUUGGGCUGCACAACUCUAUGAAUGCUAAAGUUGAAGGGGCUCGUCCACAGGAAAGGUUGCCUCUACAAAGAAAAAGGAAGUCGACAAGAUUUUCAUUUUCCAAUGGUUUUUCUGAAAAUAAUGAGAGUUUGACAAGUGGCUAUUCUAAUGAGUUCUCAUGUGGCACUCAAGGUCUGGAAAAAUCUAUGUGUAAAUCUGCCAUGAUAAAAGUCACUGAUGGUGAGACUGAUGAAAAGGCUAGCUCUGCAUCUGAGCAAACUAAUAAUGGGCUCCCUGUGAAGUUUGAAGAUUUCUUCGUUCUCACAUUGGGGCAAGUUGAUAUGAGACCCUCUUAUCAUGAUAAUAGCCUUAUAUAUCCCAUAGGGUAUAGGUCUUGCUGGCAUGAUAAGAUCACUGGAUCCCUUUUUAUGUGUGAAGUGUUAGAUGGUGGUGACCUUGGACCUAUUUUCAAGGUCAAAAGGUGUCCAUGCUCGGCAAUGUCGAUUCCAACUGGGUCAAUUGUCCUUGUUUGUCCUGUUGGUCAACGUUCCGAAAUAAAUGAAGAUGGUAUUGACAUUACUUGUUAUGAUAGGGACUGUGAAAAUGAUGGGAACAUUCAAAUGAUCAUUUCAGAUCCUUGCCCACCUAUGGAAAAUGACCUUUCGACUUGUCUGGAUAGUGGGUCCAAGGAAACUUACAACUUGCACUCAUUUGAUAGAUCACAUUUUGAAUCAAGUCUGGGGUUGACUGAUGAACUUGGCGAAAUUUCAGUUGAAGAGCAUUCUUCAUCUUCAGCAUGGAAAGUUAUGUCUCAAAAAUUAUUUGAUGCUUGCUUGGAAUUAUGUAAAAAGAAAGGUGUUUUGAAGUUUUUCUGUAAGCAUGGUGCAAAUGAAAUGGGGUCUAUAAAUCAGGAUUUGAUGAAUGAGAAGAACAAAGGUUAUGUUUCAUUAGCUAAAUUUUGCAGUUAUCCGGUCCCUCUCACUAUCCAAUCCCAGCAUCAGUCUGAUGAACUUGAAAUUUUAGCUGGUAAACUGACUGAAUGGCUGGGCCAGGAUAGAUUUGGACUGGAUGCAGAAUUUGUGCAGGAAAUCAUUGAAAUGCUUCCUGGUGUUGAUGCCUGUUCAAAGUAUGAAUUUCUCAAGAAAAGAAGUUCUUAUUCCACAUCUUUAACUGUUGGAAGUGGACUCCUGAUGGUUGAAACAAAAGCUGGACUAGAUUGCAAGGAAGAAAAGGGAUCAGAUGGGUUGCUUCACAGAUCCAAAAAGCCCAAGCUGGUUCAUGACCGUGGCCCCCCUCCAGGAAAGCCAUCAUUCUUGAGACUUCCUCCUGGACUUGUUGGUGACUUCCAUCAGGUGUGGGAGUUAUUAUGGCGUUUUCAUGAAAUAUUGGGUCUUAAAGAGCCUUUUGUCGCAGAGGAACUUGAAGAGCAGCUUAUCAAUCCAUGGUUUAGUCAUUCAAGUUUUCUCAAUAAAGUGGAGAGAAAGAUCCAAGAAAAUGAAAUCUUGACUUCACAAAAAAUGGAUCAUAUCAGUGGACAAGUGUCCUCAAGCAAUGAAUAUUCUCUGCCAGCUUGUGAGGAGCACUCACAUCCACUUACAGAUAUGGAAACAGAAGCAAUAAAGGAAGCUGUAGGUGCUAAAUUUGCAUCUCUUUCUUACAGUAAGCAUUUUGGUGUGGCUUUGACUAAGGCUCACAUCUCAUUGCUAGUGGUGCUAAUAAGUGAGUUGCAAUCAAAAGUUGCUGCACUUGUUGAUCCCAAUUUUGAUUCUGGAGAGUCAAGAUCAAAACGGGGAAGAAAGAAAGAUUCAGAUGGUUCAAUUUCUGCUAAAAGAAUUAAGCUCAGCAAGCUACCUGUUAAUGAAUUGACUUGGCCUGAAUUAGCUCGAAGAUAUGUUUUGGCUGUCUUAUCCAUGGAUUGUAAUCUUGACUCAGCAGAGGUUACUGCUCGUGAAAGUAGUAAAGUGUUUCGUUGCUUACAAGGUGAUGGUGGAGUGCUCUGUGGUUCACGGACUGGAGUAGCUGGGAUAGAAGCAGAUGCUCAUAUGCUUGCGGAGGCUACAAAGCGAAUUUUGGGUGCUUUGAAUGCAGAAAAUGAUGUUCUCACCAUAGAAGAGGAAUGUUCUUCUGAUGUAACUGGUUCUUGUGAAAAGAAUAUUGUGAAUGAUGAUAACAUUCCAGAGUGGGCACAGAAGUUAUUACCUGUAAGAAAGCUGCCAACAAAUGUGGGAACAAGAAUCAGAAAGUGUGUUUAUGAUGCGUUGGAAAAAAAUCCUCCUGAAUGGGCGAAGAAAAUUUUGGAGCAUUCAAUUAGUAAAGAAGUUUACAAGGGCAAUGCAUCAGGACCAACAAAGAAAGCUGUUCUUUCACUGCUAGCAGAUGUUCAGAAUAAAGGACUGGUGCAAAAACCAGAAGGAGGAAGAAGUAAAAAGAAGACUGUUGUGUCUAUGUCUGAAGUAAUCAUGAAACAAUGUCGCAUUGUGUUACGUCGUGCUGCUGCUGCUGAUGAUUCCAAGGUUUUCUGCAACUUGCUGGGAAGAAAGCUCAUGAAUUCCAGUGAUAAUGAUGAUGAAGGACUCCUUGGAUCUCCUGCCAUGGUAGCCCGUCCUCUGGAUUUUAGAACAAUUGAUUUGAGAUUGGCAGUUGGGGCAUAUGGUAGAUCACAUGAAGCUUUUCUUGAGGAUGUUCAUGAGUUGUGGAGUAAUGUACAUACCGCUUUCAGUGAUCAGCCUGAUUUAGUUGAUUUGGCUGAGUCGUUAUCACAAAAUUUUGAGUCCUUGUAUGAAAAAGAGGUAAGUUCUCUGGUUAAGAAAUUUGCAGAUUAUAGCAAAUUGGAAUGCUUGAGCACAGAGACAAAGAAGGAAAUAAAUGAAAUACUUGCUUCCACAAAUGAGAUACCUAAAGCCCCAUGGGACGAAGGAGUUUGCAAAGUAUGUGGUAUUGAUAGAGAUGAUGAUAGUGUUCUUCUGUGUGAUACUUGUGACGCUGAGUAUCAUACUUACUGUUUGAAUCCUCCACUGGCAAGGAUCCCUGAGGGGAACUGGUAUUGUCCCACUUGUGCUAUCAAUAAACGGAUGGUUCAAGAUGCAUCAGAAUGUUCUCUAGUUAUCAGCCGACGGAAAGAUAAGAAAUAUCUGGGAGCUGUCAUCCGUGGAUACUUAGAUGAACUUGCACGUUUGGCUGCCGUGAUGGAGGACAAAGAGUACUGGGAGUUUAGUUUGGACGAGAGAACCUUCUUGCUUAAGUUUUUAUGUGAUGAAUUACUUAACUCCACUCUUAUCCGUCAACAUCUUGAGCAAUCUGCUGAAACAACAUCUGAGUUGCAGCAGAAGUUACGUUCUUCCUAUGCAGAAUUGAAAAACCUAAAGUCAAGGGAAGACUUUUUGGCUUCAAGAGCUGUAAGGAUUGACAUGGGUAUUCUUAAUGCUUCUGGAGAAGCUGGUAUGAGGGAUGGUGUUUCUAGUGGACAUAUGGAGCAUGGCAAACAGAUAGGACAGGCACAGAGCCAUAGUAUCUUUCUUGAUGAUCAUCCUCCACUGCAGAGUGAGAAAGAGGGAACUGAGACUAAUGGCUGUAAUAAAGAUGUUUCUGCUACUUGUACAGAGAAAAAUUCUGAUUCUGACAGCCAACUCAUGAAUCAUGUAGAUACUGAAGCUGAGUCAAAUGGUUCCUGUGCAAUUGUGGAUGAGAGCAAAGUACCUUCCCAAAAAUGUGGUAAAUCCAUUACUUCAAAUGAGUUGCCUUCAUCAAAUAAUUUGCCCAAAGAAGUUGAUGACUCUGGGACAGAAAUAUUUGUACAAGGCAACCUGCAGGAGUCCAAGGAAAGGGAUGAUGCUACACCACCUACAGAUCAUGAUGAAUCUUGUCUCCAGUCUGAUAAAACGGAUGUGCCAAGUCUCAAGGCAGCUCAAUGUGUGAGUCCUGUUGCUGAUAAUGAGUCACAAGGUCACAAUGUUGAGUUGAACACCAUCAAGAGUGAUAUUAAGCACCUGCAGGACUUAAUUGUUAGCUUAGAAACUCAGAUCUUGAAGUCAUCUUUGCGGAGGGAGUUUAUGGGAUGUGAUUCUGGUGGCCGAAUGUACUGGAUUUCAGCUGCACCAGGUGGUUAUCUGCAGGUUAUUUCUGAUGGAUGUUUAGCAAUGAAGCAGAGAAGAAACUUACUGGAUUAUGGUUACCAGGAUUAUAACAGUUCAGCUCAGCAAAAUUUUGCUACAUUGGGCUCAGAUACUCAUUUGAAAUUAGAAGGAUCUAAAGCUUGCUGUCCAUUUCUCUACAAUUCCAGUGAGGCCCAUGUGAUAGGCUCACCAUGUGUUUCCUAUCAAACUGAUUCAGAAAUUGAAGAACUCAUUAAUUGGUUGAAUGAUAAUGACCCAAAAGAAAGGGAGCUGAAAGAAGCUAUUUGGCAAAAGCUUAGGUUUCAGGAUUCCCAUCAAAUGAAAAACCAAGAUCAGAAUGAGAAGCAGCAAUCAUUUUUCUCAAUGUCCACAACUUCCGAUGGAGCUACAUUUUCCAGUUGUCUUGUUACUAAGGCAGCAAUGUUGCUGCAGAAGUAUGGUUCCUACUCUGAGUCAGAAAUCACCAACUCUCUCAAGAAAAUGGGGAAAAGGGCAAGAUUGACAAAUGAAGAAAAAAUGAACAGGUGUGGAUGCUUAGAGCUCAUUUGGCCUUCUAGAAAUCAUUGCCUCACUUGCCACAGAACAUUUUUCACUGAUGUGGAACUCCAGGAGCAUAACAAUGGAAGGUGUGAUCCAGGUGCAGCAGCUAAGGAGAAGUCCAGUGAAAUCAAUGAUUCUCUAAAAAAGAAGGGAAAUGGGAAGUCUGAUUCUGCUCAGGUUGAUUGUACUGUUGAUAUGGACAGGGUUGAAACUUCAAGAGUGAUCAAAUUUCAAAAUGAAGAGGCGCCAUGUCCAUAUGACUUUGAAGAGAUCAAUUCUAAAUUUUUCACAAGAGAUUCUAAUGAAGAAUUGGUACAUGAAAUAGGUCUUAUCAGUUCCAGUGGAAUCCCAUCAUUUAUCCCAUCUCCUUUUUCCUGUGAGUCUAUGCUGAUAUCAGUUCCGCCUCAAGAAGUAAGCAUUUCAGGGAAUGAGUUUGAGGCUACUGAGAAUGUUUUCUCACAUGGAAAGAAAAGUGUGGCUAAUGGAGGCAAUGGAAGUCUAUCCAAUAAUCCAUCUAGAAAAUCUGUUGCAAAUGAAAUUUGUGAAGUACAAAAGACCAAUAGAGUGGCUUUGAAAUGUUUGGAGCAAAGGGAUAGAAUAUCCUCUUCAGAUAGGCAUUCUACAGGACUGGGGAGUGGUCGCUGUUUUGUAGUCCCCCCAUCUUCAUUGAGGCCACUCGUGGGUAAGGCUUCACAAGUAUUAAGACAACUCAAGAUCAACUUACUUGAUAUGGAUGCUGCACUUCCUGAAGAAGCUUUACGACCAUCAAAGGCACACUUGGAACGAAGACAGGUCUGGCGUUCAUUUGUUAAAUCUGCAGAAACAAUAUAUGAGAUGGUCCAAGCAACUAUUUUAUUGGAGGAUCUGAUUAAGACUGAACACUUGAGGAAUGAGUGGUGGUAUUGGUCAUCACUAUCAGCUGCUGCCAGAAUUUCCACUGUGUCUUCUCUUGCUCUGCGUAUAUACUCCCUGGAUGCUGCCAUUAUUUAUGAGAAAUCCAAUUUUGAUCCCAUUGAUAAUUCAAAGCCCAGCAGUGUACCAGAUCCAAAGCUCCUGUCCUUUUUGGAUCCUGCAGAAAAGUGCAAAGUAACCAGGAAAUCUGGCAAGAAAAGGAAGGAAUCAGAAGGUUGAUAAAUGGACUAAGAUUUUCAUAAUCAAAGUUAAUCCUUGUUGUAAGGAAAGCUGGUAGCAGAAUUGACAGGUGAGAAUAGAAAUGGUCCUUAAAUCAGAACCAAAGUGUGGGUUUUUCUGGUUCAAGUUGAUGCUGAAGACAUUUUGGAAGACCAAGAGUUUUGCUGCUGCCGCCUAAUGUUGUGUAUAUAUAGAUGAAGCUGACACGCUAACAUGGAUGCUCAACUCUGAAGCAGAAUUCAUGGAAUUGCCUGCCCAUGGACUAUGGUGUUGGCCAGCAUCAGAUCUAAUUGACAAGCUAGAAUGCAUCCAGUUUUGAACUGAUUUCUGCUGCAGCUUUUGAAGUAGUUAAUGGAAAGAUAGGCGAAGCAGAAGGUCGUUUCUCAUAGAGAGCAAGGUCCAUAUACAUAUACAAAAUGAAUUUAUGUAAAAAAAAAAAAAAAAUGAGAAAAGGAAAAGAAGGGAUAAAAGUUGAAGCAGAGCAGAUGUAGGCAAUAUUUGAUUCUUUAUACCCUCUCUCACAGAUGUGCUGGUUACAAGAAUGAAUUUUCACGCAUUCUAUUAAAUGAAGUUUUUGUAGCUGGCAUGCCUGCUGUUUCACGAUUUCAGUAAUGCUCCAUCUUUGUCUCUUACCUUCUAUAUUCUGUUUUUAAGUGGAUGGGUACUCAUAUUAGUUCUUUUAUGUCAGUCUUAACUGGCUCUCAUCAAUCAGAGAUAAAAAAAAAAUUAAAAA